AUGAAUAGCACUUUGAGUUCGGAAGAUUUAGAUAACGAUAUACGAAUAUAAUAAGUCUAAUAAACUGCACCCGAUGCUGUGCAAUUUUACAUUACUGAGGAGUAUGAGAAUAGCAUUAUUCUUAUUAGGCAUUUCAAUAAUGAUCCAUAUGAUAUUUUAUAAUAAAAGGUAGCUGCAUUUCAACCGAUUCAGUCUAAAGAUGACUCAAGAUGUGAUUAGGCAUCAAAGGAUGGUGGCAAGAAAUUCGAAGAUAAGAAACAAAUUAAGUGUAUGAGGUCUGUAGGGACGUAUGUGAUAUAGCAAAUUGGACGUAAAAUAUUAUCAGGAGACAUGAAUCUCACUAAGAUUAGUUUCCCCAUUAAGGCUAUGAUUGCAAAAUCAGCUUUGGAGAAAAAUUUGUAAUCUACGAUUUUCUUCCCUUUGUAUAUCAACAGAGCUGUUCAGACUUUAGAUUAUAUGGAGUAAUUGAAAUUAGUCAUAACUGCUACGAUAGCUACAUUCCACAUAAAUUUGAGCUUUCACAAACCCUUGAAUCCUAUCUUGGGGGAAACAGUUGAAGGUUUCCUAUCUGAUGGAACAAAGUUAUACGCAGAAUAAAUUAGUCAUCAUCCCCCUGUAAGCUAAUUUUAUGGGGUUGGCAGAGACAAUUCAUAUAAAUAUUUUGGGUAUCUCCUUUGUUUAUGAUAAGAAAUUAUUGGUACGAAGCCUCUGCAGGACUAAAUUCUAUAACUCUAAAAAAUAAGGGGAAAAGAACUAUAAUAUUUAAUGGAGGCCAAAGAAUUGAUUAUAAUUUUGCAUAUGAACUUUAUAGUGGAACUAUCAUGGGUUCAAUGAAAGUUGAAGUAUAGCAAUAAAUAAUCCAUUAAGACUCUUGGGGUUUCGACCUACCAGACAAAUAAAGGGUUGACUGCAACUUUAAAAUUCGGAAAAGUCAAGAGAAAGGCUACUGAUUAUUUUGAAGGCACAAUCAAUAUGGGACAAUAAGAAUUGUGUAAAAUAUUUGGUACUUACAUGGGAUACAUAGAGUUCGAUGGAGUGCGUUAUUGGGAUCACAGACAUAUGGUACAAUUCAAUCAAUUACAUUUAGUAACCACAUUAAGUAACCAUUAAACCUCCAUUUUUGCCAUCGGAUGCUCAAUUGAGAGGGGACUAUACUAAUUUAGCCUCAUUAGAUAUAGAUAGGGCAUAAAUAGAAAAGGAGAAUUUGGAGAAUCUAUAAAGACAUGAUGCUAAAUUAAGAACUAAAUUUAAGGAGAUCAGAAGAAAAAAAGAAGAGAAAAAAAAAUUACAAGAUCAUGAUUGA